CUCGGCGAAUGUGGUAGCCGUGCCGGCGCGCAUUGUGAUUUGUGAAAAUUUAUGUAAUGACGAUUUAUUGAACGAUAUGUGCUGUUGUGUUAGCUGCCAGUAUGUGGAUGUGUAGGUUUGCCGCCUUCUUGAUAUUGAUGUUGCAGUCCACAGUUAUCUAUGGAUACGAAAGUUCAGAUAACUUGACAACCAUAGCCCCUUUCACCCUUGCUCCCUGUUCACCCCUGUUUCCUGGCGAUGUAGACUUCCACACCGUCGACCUUAUCGCCGUCUACCGCCUGGACCAAUCCGACACGACCGGAGUGACACUCGUUCAGGGCUCCCAGGACUUGCAGAGGGCGUACCGGAUCGGAGACGGGGCCAAUCUUACCAUGCCAUUGAAACAAGUGUUUCCCGCGGGUCUACCUCAGUACUUCAGCGUCGUGGCUACCUUCAACGCUCAUGAUCAGCGCCGUCCCUGGAGCAUAAUCAAGGCUAGAUCUGAUUCCGGACUUGUAUUCUCUGUGACGUUGCUGCCUUAUAUGAGGAAGAUAUCGGUUUAUGUGGAGAAGAAGAGGAUCAUUUUCGGCAGUAGAUUGUUAUUCUUCCCUGGGUGGCAUAAAGUGCAUGUGGCCUUGACCAACAAUACAGUGCGAGUUGCUGUCGAUUGUGUUGAACUUCAACCGGAGAUGGUGACCGACUAUGACUUCAGCAAUGUGACUACAGUCACCAUAGCUUCUAAUGACGACGGCACUCCUACCCCAAUAGAUCUUCAGUGGCUUUCCCUAAGUUGCAACCAAUUCAACCUGACUGAAGACAGCUGCGAAGAAAUUGAUGAGCCUGAGAAUUUGCUAGCAUCGUCGCCUCAGAUUUUCGGAUCGAGUUCCCUUUCAUUAGAAAACCCAUUACCACAAAUGACCUGCAACACAUCUUGUCCAGCUGGGCCAGUAGGACCUCCGGGUCCAAAAGGAGAAGAUGGACCAAGAGGAUUGCCUGGUAUAAGAGGAAUACAAGGUAUGCCUGGUAUAGCAGGCGUUUCUGGUUUGAAGGGAGAAAAGGGAAGCUUAGGAUCACCUGGACCACCAGGCGUUCCUGGCACCGCAGUAUAUAAUGAACCUCGCAUUGGGCCUCCGGGCAUGCCCGGACCGGCAGGUGCUACGGGUAAAACAGGAAGUAAGGGACAAAAAGGAGAACCAGGUGAACCAGGCUUAGUUGGAUUGGCAGGACCACCAGGUGAAGACGGCCGCGAUGGAGAACCAGGUCCAGCAGGUCUUCCGGGUCCUAUAGGACCUCCUGGUUCACCGGGUGCACCUGGCACUGCAGUUUUUAACGCGAGUUGGGUACAAGAAUUAAAAGGGGAUAGAGGACCUCCAGGCAGACCAGGGAGAGACGGUGCUGAUGGUUUAGUUGGACCACGAGGGAUGGAUGGAAUGAGAGGUCCCCCUGGUUUACCUGGUAAAGAGGGUCUUAUGGGGAUGACUGGACCUAUGGGACCUCCUGGGCUAGCUGGGUUGCCUGGUAGUGCAGGAGUUAGCGGCGCUGAAGGCCCUCCGGGUCCAAUAGGUCCACCUGGAUUGCCUGGCCUACCAGGUCCACCAGGAAAGCCAGCGUAUGCAAGUGUGAUUACAGCUAUGCCGGGGCCACCUGGCCCCGUGGGGCCAAAAGGCGAGAAAGGUGAGCAAGGUUACCCUGGACUUCCCGGCCAAGACGGCAAGGAUGGCUAUCCUGGGACCCCCGGGAACCCUGGGCCUCCAGGGUUACCAGCGCCGUAUAAUAUAGUACAGCCCCAAUCGCCAACAUUAUCAGAACAUGAAGUUAGAAAUAUAUGUGAAGAUCUCAUAAGAGUAAGGCUGCAAGAGGCUCUGGCUGAGUUGUCCAUACACCAGGCCGUUUUGAGGCGAGGACCGCCUGGAAAACCAGGGCCACCUGGACCGCAAGGGACGCAAGGCGAGCCAGGGGAAAUCGGGCCCCGUGGGUACCCCGGGGAAACGGGGGAGCCUGGCAGGCCCGGCGCCCCGGGGCUGGCGGGGGGCAAGGGGGACAAGGGGGAGAGGGGUCCUGAAGGAGUCGGGGUACAAGGACCCGAGGGGCCUAGGGGGCUCCCAGGUCCUGUUGGACCUCCUGGGGCCGAAGGGAGAAGAGGAGACCGUGGUGAGCCUGGAAGAGAAGGGAGUAUCGGCCCCCGUGGAGUCCCAGGUCCUAGGGGAUCAUGCGAAUGCCCCUCUGCGGCCUUCUACGCGUACGCUCCGACAGGGAAUGUGAAAGGACCCUAAAUCUUGUACUUACUUAGAAAAAAAAUAAG